AUGACCUAUUUCUUGAACGCUACGGAGCCGCGACCGGUGAGCAUCCAGAACGAAUCCGGGGGCGCCAAAUUGGCUGGCAAAAACGCUGCGGCGCCCCCGUCGGCGCCUUGCACCUCAUCGUCGUCGAACGGCACCAGCACGGUGAGUGGAUGCGCGGUGAGAAUGGAUCAAGCGGCGUACUCGGCGCGUGCCAUGGUCCACCCCAACCACAUCAUCUACCGCAAGAUGGAGGGGCUGAUCAAGCAGAUGCUCGAUCCCGAGGCGGGUGUGCCAAUCAAGACGGUCAAGAGUUUCCUCUCCAAAAUCCCAUCAGUAUUCACGGGCAUGGACACGAUCGCCUGGAUCCUGCGUUCGGCCGACGUCGCUGAUAUCGCGGACGCACUUCACUUGGCUCACAUGCUCGCCUCACAUGGGUAUAUCUUUCAAAUCGACGAUCAUGUGCUUACGGUGAAGAACGACGGAACGUUUUAUCGCUUUCAGACGCCCUACUUUUGGCCGUCCAAUUGUUGGGAACCCGAAAAUACGGAUUAUGGUAAGAAUUUUGAGAAUUUAUUUAUAAUUUAUUGCAUUUCCAAAGUUUGACUAUUAACAAAAUUUAAAUUAUUAAAAAUGAAAUUGAAUAAAAAAUUAAAUGUUAUAAGAUUUUUUACUCGAAACUGCCUCUACCUUCUUUUAAACACCAAUUUUAAAUCAAUAAAAUUUAUAAUAAGGAAAUAUGGGUGAAAAGUCAAAAUUAGCGAAUAUGUUUAGGUAUGUUUGCAGAAGUAUUGAAUUACAUUUGUAAUUUAUUUGCAAAUUUUCAGCUGUUUAUCUUUGUAAAAGAACCAUGCAGAACAAGGCCCAUCUGGAGCUGGAGGACUUCGAAGCAGAAAACCUUGCCAAACUACAGAAGAUGUUCAGCCGGAAGUGGGAGUUCGUGUUUAUGCAGGCUGAGGCUCAGUAUAAGUAAGCGUCUUCUGCCAUUUCAUUGAGUCAUUAAUACUUUUGUUUAGUCGUGGAUACCUUAAUAUAUAAAUGAUAUACAACUUAUAAUGUUAACCUCUCAAACUUCAGGGUCGACAAGAAGCGGGACCGUUUAGAACGACAGAUUCUCGACUCGCAAGAACGUGCGUUUUGGGACGUUCAUCGACCAGUACCAGGAUGUGUGAAUACAACAGAAGUGGACUUCAGGAAGUUGUCGCGAGCUGGUCGGCCGAAAUACUCGGCUUCGAAUACGUCAAUGUUGAAUGCGGCAGCUGCUGCUGGCUUCAACAACGUGCUGGACGGAAAUUGUGGCACGUCUGGAGGACAGCCUCAAGUGCUGAGGUGUUCGCCGAACCAAGAUGCAGUCACGGUGGAGAAGACGUUGGAUAACGGUGGACGACACUACUUGAGACCGGGUCUGAGACGGUGCACAUUGCUGCAGGACUCAAUUAAGCAUGAGGUAAGUUGAAAGCAGAAACCAAUAGUGUAGCUUAGAAAUAUAUACUGUUGCUGUUAAGUAAUACCAUAAAAUUUUUUCAAAAUUUUUUUCUUACACUUGUACUUCCAGAUAACCCUACUACAAGGUCGCCUGUCUCAGAACGUGCUCAAAACCUCAAAGAUAUUCGAAAACUACCAGUCGUAUUUCGAGCAGCGCAAGUUUUUCGACUGUUUCAUCUUCCCCUUAGGCUCAACCACCGAUCCAUUCCAGUCCCACGCCAACCCAUGGAUCUCGGAUACUAUCGACUUUUGGCAGCACGACAAAUCGUAUGUUUUACUCCAAUGAGUGAUAUCUGAAAAAAAUUUUUUAGCCAACUUUUUAAAAUUUUUAAUAGCGGGAAUAACGUUUCAUAUUAGUGCCAACAACUGUAUCAUGUUUGAAACCAAAAUUUAGGUAUAUUAAUUUAUUGUUGAGGAUAACAACGUGAUAAUUUCAGGACCGGAGAUAUAUCAACACGACGGUUAAAACUCUGGGAACUCAGCUUCGAAGAGCUUCUCAACGACCAGUUGGGUCGAGAAACUCUUCAAAAGUUCCUGGACAAAGAAUAUUCGGGUGAAAAUCUGCGCUUCUGGUUGGAGGUAAGUGAACUAAAAUUAUUUUCAAUGCGGUCAAAAAUUUAACAGAAGUAUCUAUUGGUCAGCCUAAAUAGAACGUAAAAGCCUUGACUGGUCAGUCUCAAUAGAUCAUAAGAGACUUGUCGCUGUUAGGGCGAUAAUUUUCAAUUUAAAGUUGAUUUUCAACCUAAACUUGACUAAUUUUAGGUUCAAAAACUCCGCAAAUGUAGCAGCCGCAUGGUACCAGUACUGGUAACGGAAAUUUACAACGAAUUUAUUGACUCAAACGCCACAUCGCCGGUAAAUAUCGAUUGCAAAGUCAUGGAAAUCACGGAGGAAAAUCUGCAUAAUAAUCCCAAUCGAUGGUCUUUCGACGAAGCAGCGGUAAGUACUGGACUAGACUAGUCGUUUGAUCAGUCAAGCAAUGUUUUUUUUUAUUUUUUACAAUUUUUAUUUUACCAACGAUAUGUCAUUAUUGAUUUUUGCGUUUCGGCGUCUGUUUUUGAUAAAAAUUCAAAAUUUUGACACAUAUUUCGAGUUUAAUUUGUAUCUUUUUACCAUACCGUUCCAGGAACACAUCUGCGCCUUGAUGAAGAACGACUCGUAUCAACGAUUCCUGCGCUCCGACAUGUAUCGCGACAUGGUGAAUUUGUCGCGGAAAAAGGUGCGAAAGUUUUUAAAGUCUUCGAGCACUCCGUUUUAUAAUUACUCCAAUUCUCACUGAGUUUCGGAUUUUAUUUUCAAUUUUAAGACCUUAGUUAAACACUUUCAAAGUUUUUUUACCAUUUUGUUUUGUUGGGACCUACUUUAAUAUUAUGUAUGAUCCAUUCCUCAAAGUUACAGUAUUUUUUUACAGUAUUUGGUUUUCAAGUUGAAUUUCAGUCAAAAUUGAUGUUGCUGAAGGCAUCUUUUACAACAUUUUGGUUUUUUUAAAAGUUUUAAUGACUUCUAAAGCAAGUUUUCGUUAGUUUAAAAUAUGGUCUUGCAACGAAAACUUGCAAGUUUAAAACUUAAUUUGAAAACCGGAAAUAUUGUAUAGAAUGUAUCAUACACAACUUCUCCGUACUAGAUACUGUAUUAUUAACACGGGUUUUACUAUUUUUUACAAAAUUUUUUAAUUUAAAACAAGUGUAAUGUAAAAUAUUAUAGUAUGUCAAGUUGGGACAGAAAAUGUGGUUUGCGUGGUACUGUAGUUUGUGUAUUAUAAGAUAUUACUGGGACUUGAAAAGUAUGAAAACAAAUAGUAACUUAUAGCUUGGUAUAAACUCUAAAUUAUGUUUUAGUUGCUAGUGGUACAGAAAACUAUAUUUUUGGUUAACAACUAGUAUUAAAAUGCUGGUGUAGGCUUAAAAAUGGUUUUUAAGAUCUGAGAGAACUAUUUUUGAUUAGUUUUUAAUCACCUCUUCUAGUUAUAAACAUUGUAAGUUAUGGUACUACUUAGAGUAAUACCUAGAACCUAGAAGACAUUUUAGUACUAUUUCAAAUACCACUAAGGGUUUGCAGUACCAGAACUAGAACAACAGACACUGUACUAAUACUCACGGCUUCUCUUCUUCAAGCUUGUUGUUAUGAAUGUAUAUUUCGAUGUAAUGUCCACUUUCAACGUUUACUUUGGCUGUCCUUGCCUGGAUUGACUUUGCUUUCUUCUAACAUCUUUUACGCUUUUUUCCGUUACAUUUUUGGGUUCGUGCUGUUUAGUACUAUUUAAAAAAAUGUUGAAACGGUUAUAAGUUUAGUUUAUAAAACUGAUUUUUUGUUUUAUUUUUAGGGGAAGGUACUUUAAGUUAAGACAAUUUGCUUCAGAGUUCAGUUAAGUUUAUUUUUGGGUUUUCAGGAUACAAAAACGCUAGUAAUCCUGGCGAUACUGGUGUUACAGUAAUUUUAAAAUUUCAUUUAGGCUCACUCUUCUGUAGUAUUAACCUAUAAUAACAAGUUUUUGUUUUAUAGCUUAAGCUUUAACUUUUUAUAUAGUUCAUAUAAAUAUGAGUACUGACCAGCACAAGUACUAUUCAAAUACCAGUACUGAUCAGCACAAGUACUAUUCAGCACCUAACCAAAACUGUGUUUUUGUCGUUAUUUCAAAGAACUACUGUCGCCACUGUCGGUGUUAUCCUUUUACUAUCUUUGUGUUUCCUAGCCUUAGUUUUUGAAUUGUAAAAUACCGAGAUCUUAUUGUAUUUCCAUUUGUUAUUGUAAUCGAUAUGUUGAUGCCAAAUGAAUCAUGAAACAGUUUUUGUUCGAAUUUGUUUUAAGCGCUACUUUUGAGUUGGCUUCGAAGGUUUUUGUUGGGCUAAGGUGUAGAGUUUAAGGUAAUGGUAUGCAAUCGUAUGGCAGAGUAAGUUUCAAGUUUUUUGAUGGUAAAAGAAAGUACGAUUGUGUAUUUUGUUUUGAGGUUAAAAUAUAAAGUGAUUUUAUGACAUUGUAUGUGGUAGUUGCUUUAAGUGUCAUUAUGAUAUCAAAAUGGGAAUGAUGACAGUUUUGAAUUACUUGGUAAACUUAUUUACUAUAGUUUUGAUGCUAGUAGAAUUACUUACAAAAACCAAUUUGAAAAUUGCAUGACAAAUAACGCGUUUUACCUUAUAAGGCUUCAAAGUGUAGUAAUCGUUUUGAUCAGAGACAUUUUAAAAUUACAUGCAAUAAAUUUUAAAAAGUUUAAAUCUUAGCCUCCGGUCUUUGUUUGUUUCCACGUUCUUUCUGCCAUAUUGUUAUGGUAUUACUCUGUGUGCUUCUCUUGGAUGUAGUGCCGUAAUCUGAACUGCUUGACUGUUUCUGCACGCUUCUUAAUCCAUUCUUUACUCUGCGAUUUGAAAAAGUUUUGUUAUUGAGGGUUCUAGUAUAAUAUUUCGUAUUUUUAAUAUUGAUAUUCAUCCUUAACACGCUAAUGUUAUACUAGUACCAUUUGUCACUACAAUAACACUACUUAAUAUUAUUUUUUUUACAUUGCUGGCCCCUCCACCCGCUUCUGUGUGCUUGAUAACCUUGUGUUUCCUGUGUUACUUUCCCUUUUGCAUUAACUGAUUUUAUUUACCAUGGUCGACGGUUUUUCAUUUGAUUUUGCAGAGCUCGUUGAGUGCGCUGAUUUCGCGGAAAACGUCGCGAAAAGUGCCGGCGCCUCGAUCCCUGUCUUCCAAGUCGGCCAACUCGUGCGGCGGCGGAGGCGCGGGCGGCGGAGGCGGGUCGGCGUCGCUCAAUUCGUCCUUCACGGACUCCACGCAACCGGCGCAACGCGGCGUGUCGCCAUCCGCCGUCAGCGCGAUCCUGGCCGCCAACCCGUCGCCGCAGCCACGGACCGGCUCGUUCCGGUCGGUCGUGCCCAGCCCCAAACACUCGACGGCUUCAGAGCCGGCCCGCAAGGCCUCGAUGAACCCGCAGCCGUCGAACUCGACGCCCACGCCCUAUUUACAGCUACCGACACACUGA